AUGCAGGCGUUGCUGAAAAUGGACGGCGACUGCGAUCGGUCUCAGACUCAGGCCAACAGUUGCGCCGACUCUGAGCCGCCCUCCACUCCCGUCUCGACGCCCACCGCAACCGACACUCAGUCUCCGCCGCAAAACAACAACAACAACGCCGUGAAGCCGGAGAAGAGCGCCCAGUCGUCGACCGCCACCGCCAACACGUCCUCCACUUCGCAGACAUCGCAAACACCGCAGACGACGGGUCCGGACGAAGACAAGAUCAAAGCCAUUCUCGAGCGCACAGGCUAUACAUUAGACGUGACGACUGGUCAACGCAAAUACGGCGGACCGCCGCCCGACUGGACAGACCCUCCGCCUCCUCCCGGCUGUGAGAUAUUUGUGGGCAAACUUCCCAAAGAGAUAUACGAAGAAGAGUUGAUCCCAUUGUUUGAAAAAGUGGGCAAAAUAUGGGACUUGAGAUUAAUGAUGGAUCCCAUCAGUGGUCUCUCCAGAGGCUAUGCUUUUGUCACAUAUUGUACUAAAGAUGACGCACAAAGUGCUGUCCAAGAAUACGACGGAUAUGAGAUACGGAAAAGCAAGGCCUUGAAAGUGAACGUUUCGGUGCCAAACCUCAGGCUAUUUGUAGGAAAUAUACCAAAAAGUAAAAGUAAAGAAGAAAUUUUUCAAGAGUUCACAAAACUCGCCGGAGGCCUUUCGGAAGUAAUAGUGUACAGUUCGCCGGACGAUCGUAAGCGGAACCGAGGGUUUUGUUUUUUAGAGUACGAGUCCCAUAAGUCGGCCUCUUUGGCCAAACGCAAGUUGAGUACUGCGCGCACCAAAGUAUGGGGAUGUGAUAUACUCGUCGAUUGGGCCGACCCUCAGGAGGAACCCGACGAGGAAACCAUGUCCAAAGUUAAAGUGCUUUACGUCCGUAACCUCACCACUGAUGUCACUGAAGAACAACUCAAACAACUCUUCGAAGAGUUCGGUUCCAUAGAGAGAGUGAAGAAAAUCAAAGAUUACGCUUUCGUUCACUUCGAGGACAGAAACUUAGCGUUGAAAGCGAUGAACGGACUCAACGGUCGCGAUGUCGGCGGCGCUCACAUUGAGGUCUCGCUCGCAAAACCCCCCUCUGAUCGCAAAAAGAAGGAGGAGGUGCUCAGGAAUAGGGAGAGACGUGUUAUGCUUAUGAUGCAACAGAGGGCUAUGUAUGACACCUGUCACCCAUCCAUCCAUUCACUGCCACUGCAACCGCCGCCACCUCCGCCCCCACCACUCAUUCCUCAGACGCGUAACACCAGAGGCCGUAACGCACAGCCGAUGGCCUCAUUGCCAUCUCCAUCAGCCUAUAGACAACUCGGAGCCCGAAAUUACGACUACGAAUGUGGUUAUUAUGGUUUUGAUGAAUACCCGGCGCCGGCGCCUCAUUAUGAGUAUUCGCCCCAUUUUAGUGGUGACGGCUAUUAUCACCAGAAUAUGCUGUCCACUCACUCUCACGCACCACCACCUCCUCUGCCAUCCACACCAUUCCAACCACACUCACACUCAAAGACCAGGGCUUCGCGUAAUUCUUUGGGGCCGCUCAGGGGUGGAAUUCGUGGUACAACUGGUAUGACCCCAAUAGCUGGUGGUUUGGCUCUACGAGAACGGCUGCACAGUUCGGGUUCGCAUCACAACAACAGGGCUCGAAUUGGGGCCAAUACGGCAACGGGUCUGUACCCGCACAGGCCAUCGCAUCCUACGGGCGCCGAAGUCUAUGGCAACCAAACAAUGGGAGCAAAAAAUAUAGGAAAACGCAGACAAAUGGCUCAAAGAAGAGCUUCAAAACGUAAAUUAAAGUCUAAAAGUGGAGAAAACGACUCUAAACUCAAUCGCAAUCAACAAUCAAAUGAAAGUAGUGGUGCUUUGGGAGAGCAGUGGUAUAACGACCCGUUUCCCACUAAUCUCGAUGACAGUUGGCCUCAAACCUAACUUUUAUUGAUUUUUGUUUAAUUCAUUUAUAUAUACAUUAUAUGGAA